AAGAUGACUCAACUACUUGUACUGUUAGCACUCUUAGUGGUAAGCACUGGAGCGUGGAGCCCUAAAACACGCUACCUCUACUGGAAGAUAUCCCGGGAUGUGCAGGUGGUUGAAGGACGGACUCUCACUGUGAACACUAUCAACGGCAGGAUUAAAGGACCUGCCAUCUUCGCUAGGCAGGGGGAUUUCCUGGCAAUCCAAGUAACAAACAACCUGCCAGAUGCUGGACUGUCACUACACUGGCACGGAAUGGAGAUGAAAGGUUACCAGCUAUAUGACGGACCAGUGGGACUGGUGCAGUGCUCCCUGGCACCUGGGGAGACUAUGACUUACAAGUUCAAAGUGCAGGAAGCCCCAGGAACCUACUGGUACCACACCCACAAUGAGAUGUUUCCCUCCGGUCAUGACAUGGUGAGAGGCCCUAUCGUGGUGCUGCCUGAAGAUGGACCCUGGUACCCUACCCAUCUGGUUGAUCCCUACGAUUACACUCACCUGAACGAGAGAGUUCUAUUCUACCAGGACUUCUACCCUAACUGGAUAGCUCACGAUUACCUGAUGUCUCUCGGGGGGCUCAGGGGGCUGGGUGGAUUCAAUGCUGAGGGAGGAUUUGCAUUGACUGCACCCUGGAGUGGGGGCUGUCUGAACGGAGGAGAUGAAAAGGGUUUCAUGCAGUUUGAUAACGGAGAGUACAGGUUCAGGAUAACUAACGGAGGAAGUCUGACCCCCAUGCUGUGGAGUAUUGACGGGUACAGGUUCAAGAUAGUGGCUACGGAUGGAACUGAUGUGGAGCCGUACGAAGUGGACCAGAAGAUCCAUCUUGGAGAGAGGUAUGAUGUACUGGUAAACUUCAAGGUAGCUGCACCAAAGAACGUGUGGAUGAGAGGUGCGGCUACUGCAGUGACAAACCCAGCAGCAGUGAUACUGACCACUCUGCAACUCAGACCUGACAGUUCGUUCAAGUAUGUGGAGGGACCAGCCAAAACCACUCCUAACCCUGAUCCAGUCGUGAUGAACUGCAACUACUUCGGAGAGCAGGAGAAAUGUGUGUCCAUAACAGCGCUCAAGACAAAAGCAGCAGAGUUCCAUACACGUCCUCCUCUUGACGACACUGAACUUCACACUGCUGACUUCUUCUUCUCCCUCCCCCCUGUCUACGGAUACUUCUUCGCACUUGACGGACGCACCUACAUCCAAAAUGCACUGCCUGGUAAACCAAUAGCAUACCCUGACUUCGACAACGAUAAAGACAUGACCAACCACACAAACGUGAUGAACCUUGGUUUGCAUAAAACUGUCACCAUGGUCAUCCGAAAUGAGCAGGCAUGGACCAUCCUAUUCAUACACGGUCACAAAUUUGAGGUUCUGGAGCAGAUUUCCCGUGAAAAACCAAACUGUUUCGGAGGACAUUGUGAGCUACCUGAUCUGGAAACCGGCUUCUCCGCCCCCGUCUCGGAACUAGCUAAGAGGAAAACUCGAGGAGUCCUGAAGGACGUGAUCAUCCUCCCCAUGUUCGGAGCAGCAGUAGUGAGGUUCAACACUGACAACCCUGGUGUGUGGUUCGUUCACUGCCAUUUCGACGAGCACGUGGACGCCGGUCAGGGCUUCAUCAUGAACGAGGGUAACUGGAAAGCGAGCAAGGUACCGGACGACUUCCCCUCGUGCGACUACACUGGACGUCUCCAGAGCCUGACUACUGAGCUGUGUGGCUGUGAUCCGGACAGACUGGACCCAACCUGGCUCUGUUCCAAGAUUACAUGUGUCACCAUACCCGACGUAGAAAACCCGAGCACUAGGAAAUGUAACGAAAUUUUAAGAAGUAGCUGAUUGGUUGCAGCAACCUUUACAUGCUGUCCAUCAUUUCCAAGAGACGGUGAAGAUGGGAACAAGUGAUGAAUGCAUUUGUUCCAAGAUUUA